AUGCGUCCCUCAACCGGAGUAGCCAGGAUACUCGCCCUGACCAGUAUCUGGCUGGGCCUAGCCUCCUCCCUACCUAGCCCAGAUAAAGGCAAAGAUGACCCCGAUGUUAUCACCCGCGAUGUGGCCAUAAUCGGCGGCGGCGCCUCGGGCACAUAUGCCGCCGUCCGCCUCAAGCAACUCGGUCAGAGCGUCGUCUUGAUCGAGCAAGAAGACCGGCUCGGUGGACAUACAAAUACAUACGACGACAAUGGAACGCCCAUCGACUACGGCGUAUGGGUGUACUCCAACACAACCGAGGCGCGCGACUUCUUCGCCUACCUCAAUAUCCCGACGACAGUGCAGAAUCUGAGUAGAGACCCUAACAGGAGUCAGAGAUAUGAUUUCCGCACCGGCGAGAGUGUUCCUCCGCCGAGUGGGAAUGUUACAGAGGCGAUGGUGCGCUAUGCUCUGCUUCUGCUACAGCAUCCGUACCUUGAGAAUGGAUGGGAUCUUCCUGAUCCUGUGCCAGAGGACCUUUUGCUGUCGUUUCGGGACUUUAUUGAGAAAUAUGACCUUUCUGCGGCGGUGGAGACGCUCGCGUUGUACGUCCAAGGAUUCGGCGAGAUACUCGACUGUCCCACUGUCUAUAUCAUGAAGUAUUUCAACUUCAAUGUCGUUCAAGGCAUCCAGUCCGGAUUCUUGAGACCUGCCAGCCUCGAUAACUCGGAAGCAUACCGCGCUGCUGCUGCAAACCUAGGCGAUGACCUCUUGCUAAGCAGUACAAUACUCCAAAUGAACCGCUCUACCGACAGUAAAAACAAGAAAGACAGCAUCACCUCAGCCUACCCCCAAACAAUCCUCGUCCGCACCCCGUCCGGCCUUAAAACGGUUCAAGCAAGCAAAAUCUUCAUAACAAUUCCGCCUAUCCUCGAAAACCUCAACGCCUUCGACCUCGACGCGCGUGAAUCCCAGACCUUUGCCAAAUUCCGUGCAACAACCUACACAACCGCUAUCCUCCAGCUGACUGGCCUCCCCCAAACCAUCCAAUUCGUCAACAGCGGCAUCGACACUCCUUACAACGUCUCCCCGAUACCAGGGACAUACGUCUUCGUCCCAACAUCCAACCCGUCCCUCCGCCUCGCAUACCUAGGAGGCGGCAGCAGCGGCGGCGAAGGAAAAGGAGAAGAAGGAGACAGGGAAGAAAAACUCCCCUUCGACACCGUGAAGCGCAUAAUGACGGAUAACGUGCUCUCGCUGCGCAACGCCGGCUACGACGUCUCCGUCCCCGAGAUAAGGGCUUACAGCAACCACUACCCGUUUGGGUUACGGGUGAGCGCGGAUGAGAUUGCGGGUGGGUUUUAUAAGGACUUGUAUGCGCUGCAGGGGCAUCGGGAGACGUAUUACUCUGGGGCGGCGUUUCAUGCGCAUGAUUCGGGGGCGUUGUGGAGGUUUACUGAGAGGGUUAUUGGGGAGUUUGGGCUGGCUGGGUGA